AUGUCUCUUUCGAGUUUCAUAAACCUCCCUUCUAUGGCGGCAGCACUCUCAUCAAUCGCCGUAACACUCAAACCACUCAACUGCUUUUUCUCUUCCUCUAACUCUCGCCUCAGUCACCACCCUAUCUCCGCCGCCGUUUUCCCACCGUCUCUCAGAUUCAACACCUUUCGAAGAUGUAAGAACAUCACCAUCUGUUUUGUCAUUGAAGAUCAGAAACAAAGCUGUCCCGACAUCUUGACGACGUCGAGGCUUGAGAAAGAGGAGAGGAAGAAGUCGGAGAGAUUCACUUAUCUAAUCGCUGCUAUGAUGUCGAGCUUCGGCAUUACUUCCAUGGCAAUCAUGUCCGUUUACUACCGAUUUUAUUGGCAAAUGAAGGGAGGUGAGGUACCAGUAUCAGAAAUGUUUGGUACAUUUGCUUUCUCAAUUGGUGCCGUCGUUGGGAUGGAAUUCUGGGCAAGAUGGGCUCAUGAAGCUCUCUGGCACACUUCGUUGUGGAACAUGCAUGAGUCUCAUCACAAACCUCGAGAAGGAGCGUUUGAGUUAAACGAUGUGUUUGCUAUAAUAAACGCGGUUCCUGCGAUUGGUCUUCUUUACUAUGGAUUCUUCAAUAAAGGACUUGUUCCGGGUCUCUGCUUCGGUGCGGGACUAGGAAUAACAGUGUUUGGAAUGGCCUAUAUGUUCGUUCACGAUGGACUUGUGCACAAGAGAUUCCCUGUAGGUCCCAUUGCCAAUGUCCCUUACUUUCGGAAGGUCGCCGCCGCUCACCAGCUACACCACACAGACAAAUUCAAAGGUGUACCAUAUGGGUUGUUUCUUGGACCCAAGGAAGUGGAAGAAGUGGGAGGCAAGGAAGAGUUGGAGAAAGAGAUAAGUAGGAGAAUCAAAUCGUACAACAAGGUUUCCACCUCUUAAUUGCUUUAGACCCAGUUUUACCUUUUUGUUCUUUUUUCUUGAUCUGGUAUUAUUUGUUGAGUUGAAGUUAAUUAAAAAAUAAGUAGGGAAGAUUCGGGCUAAUUGGCCUUUUGAGUUACAAAUUUGAAAUGACUGAAAUAUAACAAAGGCCCUUUUUCAUUUGCAA